AUGAGCGCUGCUCCUACCGAGGCUGGCGCCGGUGCUGUGCCUAUUUCGAGCACGAGUUCGUCUACGUCACGCGAGUCCCGCAUUGCCACGCACUCCCACAUCAAAGGCCUGGGAUUGGAUGAACAUGGCCUGGCGAUUCCUACUGCGCGCGGCUUCGUCGGCCAAAAAUCAGCGCGUGAGGCGUGCGGUCUUGUUUUGGACUUGAUUCGUCAGCGCAAAUUUGCUGGUCGUGCUCUUCUGCUGGCAGGUGGACCUGGUACUGGUAAGACUGCGUUGGCGUUGGGUAUGGCACACGAGCUGGGUCACAAGGUGCCAUUCUGCCCGAUGGUCGGCUCGGAGGUGUACAGCUCGGAAGUGAAAAAGACAGAAGUGCUCAUGGAGAACUUCCGUCGUGCUAUUGGUCUCCGUGUUCGUGAGACAAAGGAAGUGUAUGAAGGUGAGCUCACGGAGCUUACGCCGACUGAGAUGGAGAACCCACUGUCUGGCUAUGGCAAGACCAUUGUGCAUGUGGUCAUUGCGCUGAAGACCGUCAAGGGCACCAAGCAGCUGCGCUUGGAUCCGAGCAUCUAUGAAAGCAUUUUGAAAGAGCGCAUCACUGUCGGCGAUGUCAUCUACAUUGAAGCGAAUACAGGCGCUGUUAAGCGCGUGGGCCGUUCUGACGCGUAUGCCACCGAAUUCGACUUGGAAGCCGAUGAAUAUGUAGCCCUCCCCAAGGGCGAUGUGCAGAAGCGCAAGGAGGUGGUGCAAGAUGUUACGCUGCACGACCUGGAUAUGGCAAACGCCCGUCCGCAGGGCGGCCAAGAUAUCAUGAGUGUCGUGGGCCAGCUGGUCAAGGGCCGUCGCACGGAAGUCACAGACAAGCUUCGUGGCGAGAUCAACAAGGUGGUUGACAAGUAUAUCCAACAAGGCAUUGCUGAGCUGGUGCCUGGUGUCUUGUUCAUUGACGAAGUGCACAUGCUCGAUAUGGAGUGCUUUACAUACUUGAACCGGGCUUUGGAAUCGACCAUCAGUCCUCAUGUGAUUCUUGCGACCAAUCGCGGCCAGGCUACGGUGCGUGGCACAGAAUACGAGGCUGGCUCCGGCGCCGGCAUUGUCGCACCGCAUGGUAUUCCACUUGAUUUGCUGGACCGCUGCAUGAUUGUGCGCACGCUGCCAUACUCUGCCGAGGAGAUUAAGGAAGUGAUUCGUAUUCGUAUUGCCACAGAGGGUAUCCGAGUCGAUGAUGCUGCGCUGGACAAGCUUACGGAACUCGGCAAAAACACAUCGUUGCGUUUUGCCCUCCAGCUCCUCGCCCCUGCAUCCGUGCUUGCUAACGUGGCUGGUCGUUCGGAUAUUACCGUGGACGAUAUUGCACAGACCAACGGCCUGUUCCUUGACGCACGCUCGUCCGCACGUCAGUUGGCGUUGGCCAGUUCGACCUCGGCGCCGGCACCAGCGCCAGCGACGGAAAGUACAGCCAUGGAUGUGGCCUAA